AUGUUGGUGUAGUGUUGGGCUUCUUGGUAUGUGGAUUGUGGAAGCAAAUUGUUUGCUUCUUUCUCUUCUCUUACUCUCCUGUAAACUCUCCCACCAAGUUGGCUAAGUUUUUUUUGUGCCACACUGUAGAAGAUGGGGCUCUCAAACUUCCCUAGUGCGGCUGAGGGUGUACUUCCCGUGCUGGUAAUGAACACAGUUUUCUCAGUGGCUCUUCUGAAGAACGCGGUGAGAUCUGUGCUGCAAGUGGUGGGACGUGCCAGCAGGAACCCUCCAAAUAUAGAAGAAUACCCAGAUGGAUGCCCAGACGGUGCGAGUGAGAGAACAAUUUCAAUAACCCAUGUCAAGUCUUUGUGCCACGACAGUACUGGCAGUGGGUGGUGGGCUACAAUGGAGUGUUGUGUGUGUCUCUGUGGGUUCGAAGCUGACGAGGAGGUGAGCGAGUUGUCUUGCAAGCAUUUCUUCCACAAAGGUUGCUUAAAGAAGUGGUUUGAUAACAAGCAUAGCACCUGCCCUCUUUGUCGCUCCAUCGACUAGCUAGCUAGCCGGCCGGCCAGAGUGGUUUUAGUGGCCGUACGUGGAGGUUAUGAUUUUGGAGGAAUUAAUACUUUGUCCUUAAUUUACUCCUUAAUCCUUAUUCUCUCUAGCUAAGUACGUACCUUCAUGUUUUAUUUUGGACCAUCAAAAUUUGAGGAAUUUCUGUGACAAUCUUACUUUGCUUUAUGUGUGGGUUACAAUAAAGAAUGAAGAGAUUGUACCAUGCA